AUGCGCAAGAUGACCCGUUGUAAACACACUGGCUGGCUGCGCGUGGCCACCAAAGACCAUGCAUACAUUGUCGAAGGCUCGGAUCGUGCCCAAAGACUCUUGGACAGUCUGCCACGCCCGGAUAGCCAAUACCCGAGUACCCUCGUGUUGAUAGGAAAUGCGACCAAGCGGGUUGCCAUGCAAAGACUCGGCGUGGACGUGACAAGGCCCAACACGACCCGGGGCCACGGCGAGAUCCAUCUUUCUGUAGCCUCGGUCGGCGCGUCUGGCGCAAGGCCCACGUUGAUUGCCGAUGCCGAUCUCCCGCCCCAUAAGCGGCUCGGGAGGCCGAGAAAAUCUACACUCUGCCAUGAACUCGUAGCAAGACCACUUUCGAUCUCUCACGGCGAAACCAGCCCGUGCACAACACUGAAAUCUGGCGACCAUGUCUAUAAUCGCAUGCUCCUGCCGUUUGCCGAUGCUAUCUGCUUUUUUGCCGACGAUAUCGGCGGCGUAGAGGUCGUCGCCCAGCGGCUUGCGUCGUGGCUGGAUCUGGGCACAUCGUCUACAUCGUCGGUACGGCCCUGGUUGGUGGUCGUCACAAACGGCGGCGAAGAAAACUCCACGCGCAGUCAGUUACUGCAGGCCGUCCGCAAGAGGACAGAUACUCACCUGUCCGAACGUUUCCACGGCGUCCGCAUCAUCAGCCUGGCCGACACGACGCCAAAGUCUCUGCGACGCCACCUUCGUUACCUGCGCUGGGACAUACUCAGCAAUGAGCUUUCCUACAUGACGGAGACGAAACGGGUCGAGCGCGUGUUUGCCAGCUGCCUCUUCUCGGCCACCCACCUCGCCGGCCUUCUUCGCCACGCCGCGGAGCACGUCGGCGAUGCCGGCGCACCGCCCCUCGACUUCCUCGCCGUAUCUCGGCUGGACAACCCGGCGGCGGCAGAUCUGCAGGAACAUCUCGCGCGGUUCCUCACGCACUGUGACUCCGUCGACAACCUGAAAAGAUUCGCCGUGCCUGUCAUCGCCUCUAGCUUCAUACUGGACCAAUAUCCUCCUGGCAUGCACCUCUUCGAUCCGCGCGACGUCUUCCAGAUGUUCUACAAGGACGUGUGCCACAACGUAUGCGGCACCGCCGUCCUCGCGCAUGAAGGGUCCACCGACUUCGUCUUGCCGUCUCAGUUCGCCAAGAUGAUCGAGGCCCAGAUGGCCCGUAUCUUCCGGCAGCUGACGACGGGCCAAACCUCGGCGUCGCUGCAUCGACAGCUUGUCGUCGCCUUCGCGGAGAACUGGGACCGGCUUCGGUCUGACAGCACAUGCUACCAUUGUCUGCGGCGCGCUCCGCAGGUCUUUCCAGCGUGCGGCCACGGCCAAUGUAUGAACUGUGUCAAGGUAUUUGGCGUCGCGAGUGCGGCCGACCCGUGGCUCAUCGAAGUCGACGAGUGUAUCCUCUGCGGAAAAAACGUUAACAUGCAGAUACGUGUGAAGCCGGACACCGCGUCGGUGCGAGUCUUGUGUAUUGACGGCGGCGGGACGCGGGGGAAGUAUCCCCUCAAGGUGUUGAAGCAGCUCGAAGACGAUAUUGGCCUGCCCGGCCAUCCGGUACAGCAGAACUUUGACGUAGUCUUCGGGACGAGCUCAGGCGCCAUCAGCGCCGGUGCCCUCUGCAUCAACGGAUGGACGGUGGAUGAGUGCAUCGCCCGCUUCGAAUCCCUUUCGAACGAAGCAUUCACGCCUCGCGGGGUUCCGUCCAUUCCAAUCAUAGGCUCUUUAAUACGACUGAUGAUGCGGGUCCCUUUUUUUGCCACCGUUGUGCGAACCGCAGCCUUGCUUCUUUUUGACAGCAGAUAUCCGUCGCAGCACAUCGAGCAGGCUUUGCGAGACAUGUUCGGCUCCGACAGAAGCAUCGCCGACUACUCGGCCGCCGACACGAUGGGUGCCAUGGUCGGCAUGACGGUUGCCACCGUGCGAGACGCAAGCGCCUGCAUCUUCACCAGCUACAACGGAGUGGGCCAGCGGGCCGGCGAUCGCGGUAGCUUCCCCGUCUCUGUUGGGGCGAUUCGAUGCCGCGAGCCGAUGCUGACGGGCUGUUUAGAUUAUGAACUCCUGAAGACGACCGCCAAUGGGGGCCGGGUGGCUUUGUGGGAGAUUAUCCGAUGUGCAACCGCUGCUCCAUACUAUUUCACGCCUUGGUCUGUUAACGGCCUCGGCACGUUCCAGGACGGCGGCUUAGUGGCCAACAACCCGUCCUCGAUCGCUUUGCAGGAGGUGGCUGCCCUUUUCCCUGAGGCGCCCCACCCGAGCCUUCUGGCCUCGCUGGGCACUGGCUCCUCGGCGAGCGCGUCCGGCGGCGGAUGGUGGGACUGCUUCCUCUUCCGCCUGGGGCGAGCGUUCCUGAACCGCCACAAGAAUGACUGGCAGCGGGUCGUCGAACAAAAGAAGGUUGGUGGGUCGGGUGAGUUCCUCCGCUUUGAUUUCGAGUUCGACGGCCCCGAGCCGCCGUUGGACAGCCUAUCCAGCUUCGACGACCCUGAAGGUGAUGAGGAGUGCACCUUUCAAGGCCUGCCCGCACUGAGACGUCUGAAGCUGUGCGCGAGGGCGGAGCUGUUCAUCUUUGAGCUGCGUGCUUCGCAGCCGUACCUGUUUUCCGAUGGGGGGUACGACUGCUGCGGACAGAUACGUUGCCGGCUGAGCACUCGCUCUGAAAGCCUGACUGAGUUGAUGCGGCAGCUCGCCAGAAGCAAGGCUUACUUCCGCGUCGGCGGCCAUCAAGUACCUGGUGACUUCGCGCCAUACCCGGCGGCCUCUCCAGAUGGCCAUUUCCGUCUGGAGGUGAAGUUUCGCGUGGCCAGUCUGCAGGAGUCGCUCGACGUUUGCCUAUGGGAGACCGCCGACGAGGGUUGCAACAUCAGCGGCUCGCCUUUUACCGUGCAACAGCUAGUGCGGAGCCAAAAGCUCGAGCAGUGCUUCGGCACCUCGGACCAUCAUCAUCGCAAGAACAGCAAGGAGGCGGAAGUUGGCAGGAAACAGCGCGGCCCUCAGGCGCAGGACCUGCUGAGAAUGGGUCACCUAAGUCGGACCGCAUCACAAGUCGGAAAUGUUUCUCUCGAUCACGUAGACCUGGCGCCGCAUGAGGUAGCCCCGGAGGUAAUGCCGUCCCAUCAAUAUGUCGGUGACAUGGUAGAGCUCUUCGCCCUAGGUGACUGCAGCGCCACCUUCGAGACGGACGUGCGGAAGAGGAGUCCUAUUGGGUCGCUUGGCGAUGGCAUGCACGAUCUGUUGGACAUGACUUCUGAAGCAGUCGACAACAGGGAAGGAGCAUUCGACUUGUUGCAAUGA